AGAGGGGAAUGAGCAAAGUCGCUAAAGCUAACAGGAAGAGUCCAAGUGCAAAAUCACCAGCGCAGUACAACACAGGGGUACUGAACUGGACGGCUUCCGUGAAUUCAGAAGGAGGUCAUACCUGCUAGCGGAUAAAGUAGCCAGUGAAGCGGAAACAUUCUUCCUUCGAGGCUGUGGGGGUCUGUGCUGUUGAUGUCCUGACUUGCGAGCAGAGUGGGAGGUUGCUUUCAGGUGCAGAGAUGUCCGUACGUCACCAUCCAGUGUGAGGAGGGGAACAGAUGAAAAAAUGACGAGCGAAUCUCCCCCCCACCCCUCCCACCAUUUGUGCAUUUAACAAACGCAGCCAUUGCCAGUGUCUAAAAGAAUCAUUUGCCCUCGUCUCUGGAUGUUAGGAAAGCAUCCUGACUGUGGAAAGCCGGAGUGCCAGGAAUCAUGUUCAGGAAAUUAAAAGGGCCCGUUCUUUUCCUCCUGAUGUUUCUGGACGUGCAGAUCAUAGUUGGCUCCACACCGAUCUGUGUCCAUGGACACACGGGGUGUCAGGCACUCUCCUUGGCCGACUUGUUCGACAGAGUGAUCCAGCACUCCGCCCGGGUGCAUGGCCUCUCCAGCGACCUCCAUUCAGAUUUUGACCAAUACUUUCUUCCAAGCAAAAUCAAUCGGAACUGUCAUACUUCCUAUAUAUUAACACCUAAUGGCAAAGAAAAUGCACAGAGAUUGGCAGGGGAAGACCUGGCCGGCGUGAUCCUGAAGUUGCUGCUAGCCUGGAGGGAUCCGCUCUCCCAGUUCCACCGGAGCAUGGCACAGCAUGAGGACUUCACCAGCUUCAGCGGGAACAAGGCGCUGGAGAUGAGCGACAUGGUGCAGCAGCUGAGGCUGGGGGUGGAAAGGGUGGCAGAGACAAUGCACCUCCUGGGCAUGAUCAGUAACUCGGUGCGUGGUCUGAUCUCCAAGGAGGCCCUUGGCUCCCAGGCCUCGGGCAGCGAGGCACGCUCCAUGACCGACCAGCAGCUUCUGUACUGCUUCCGCAGGGACUCUCACAAGAUCCAGAUCUACCUGAAGAUCCUUAAGUGCAGGAUCGCCCCUGAGCAGGGAUGCUGAGCCCCGGAUGCAGAAGAGGGGCCAGGAGACACAGGCGGUCAUGUGCCCAACACGGGAAAUAUAGCAACUCUUACGGUUUGAUUAGAUUUCGCUCCACGAUCAUGUGACAGUGUUGCACGGCAUAGCUAGUAUUUUUCAAGCGAAACACA